AUGCAGCAGUGGUUGAGGGUGUCCUUGCUGCUGUGCGUCUUCGGGUUCUUCCGCGAGCUGCGCCCAUCGGAGCCGUUCGUGACGGAGUUUCUUUCCGGCGAGUGGCGCGACAUCGAGCCGGAGCAGCUGAACCGGGACGUCUACCCGAUCGGCACGUACAGUCACCUAGCGCUGCUGGUGUUUAUGUUUCUGCUCACGGACAUCCUGAGAUACAAAUCGAUAAUUAUAUUUUCCGCCUGCGUCGGUAUUGUCAUCUGGUCACUGCUGCUAUGGACGGAGUCGCUCGCUGCACUGCAGGUCGUGCAAGUGCUGUACGGUACGUACAUGGCCUCGGAAGUCGCGUACUAUACGUACAUCUACGCCAAGAUCAGCCGGGAAAAGUAUCAACAGGUGACGGGCAACACCCGGGCCGCCACCCAGCUCGGCCGCUUUCUGUCCGGCGUUAUCUCCCAGGUGCUGGUCUCCACCGGUGCGAUGAACGUGCGCGACCUGAAUUACAUUACGUUUGGCGCGCAAACAUUUUCCUUGCUGUGGUCAUUUGUGUUGCCACCGGUGAGGACGAGUGUUUACUUCUACGCCAGCAGCGAUGACGAGCAGAAAGCAGGGCAGCAGCAACAUCAGCAGCAGCUGGAAAACCGUCAGUCCGAUGGGUCCACGGUUGGAAACGGCGAGUCUGGAUCUUCCACACCCGGACCAGCCAGCGAUUUUCCACUUCCAGCCGAAACCUCCCCCGAAGCAACGCGAGAGCAGACGGAUGCGGACAAAGGCGGUGACGUGGUCAAACCGGUGGUGGUGAGCUUUUCCGCGAAGCGUGCGGUACGCCUGCUGUGGCACCAUCUGAUCGCCGCCUACCGCCAGAUACCGGUCGUCCAGUGGAGCCUCUGGUGGGCGCUGGCGAUGGCCGGUUUCAUCCAGGUGCAGGUGUACGUGCAGCUGCUGUGGCACGAGAUCGACCAGGACCAGGGCACGCUGUUCAACGGUGGGGCGGAGGCGCUGCUCACGCUGCUCGGAGCGGGCAGCGCGAUGGUGGCCGGGUAUGUCGCGAACCGCAUCUUCGAGCAGUGGGCCCUCUGGAUACUGACGGUCUGCUCCGGGCUGCAGGGUGGGCUCGUGCUGUACUCCGGCUUCGCCACCAACAUCUGGGUGGCGUACGUGCUUUACAUACUGUUUGGCGCGCUGUAUCUGUUCAUGAUCACCAUGGCCAGCGCCAUCGUAGCGAAGUACCUGGAGGAGGACAGCUUUGGGUUGAUUUUCGGCAUCAACACGUUCGUGGCGAUCGGCGUGCAGGCACUCCUCACCCUGGCCACGAUCUCCGAGCGCGGCCUGAUGCUGGAUCCCCGGGAGCAGUUCAAAGUGUACGGUGGCUACUUUCUGGUGCUAUCGGUAAUCUACCUAAUUGCCGCCAUCGUCACCGGCGUCCGGAGGUUGCUAUCAGGGGCGGCGAGUGAGGGUCAAGCGGGAGACAUGACGACGGCGUGA